UCUCUGCAGUCUCAGGAGGAAGUCUGUGAUUUGCUCCAUGCUGCACCUUUCCAAAACAUCUUGCCUAGAGUCUACAUCAAAGAGGGGGAACGCCUGGAGGUCCGCAUGAAACGCCUGGAAGCCAAGUAUGCCCCGCUUCACCUGGUCCCUCUGAUAGAGCGGCUGGGGACCCCUCAGCAAAUUGCCAUCGCUCGGGAGGGUGACCUGCUGACCAAGGAGCGGCUGUGCUGUGGCCUGUCCAUGUUCGAGGUCAUCCUGACCCGCAUUCGGAGCUACCUGCAGGACCCCAUCUGGCGGGGCCCACCACCCACCAAUGGCGUCAUGCACGUGGACGAAUGUGUGGAGUUCCACCGGCUGUGGAGCGCCAUGCAGUUUGUCUACUGCAUUCCUGUGGGGACCAACGAGUUCACAGCUGAGCAGUGCUUCGGUGAUGGCUUGAACUGGGCUGGCUGCUCCAUCAUCGUCCUGCUGGGCCAGCAGCGUCGCUUCGACCUGUUCGACUUCUGUUACCACCUGCUAAAAGUACAGCGGCAGGACGGGAAGGAUGAAAUCAUUAAGAAUGUGCCCCUGAAGAAAAUGGCUGACCGGAUCAGGAAGUACCAGAUCUUGAACAAUGAGGUUUUCGCCAUCCUGAACAAGUACAUGAAGUCUGUAGAGACAGACAGUUCCACUGUGGAGCAUGUGCGCUGCUUCCAGCCACCCAUCCACCAGUCCUUGGCCACCACUUGCUAGGCAGAAGGUCCUGCAGACCCUCCACCUGGAGGAGGAGCAGGAGAGAGAAAACCAUGGCCAGCCUGCCACAGGAUCCUACUGGACAGCAUGUUGGAUGGACCUGGAAGCAAACAAGAACCUCCCCAAACACAUCUACACCACUCCCAAGGGUGGGGCCUGUGCAUGCUCUCCCAUGACAUUUCCAUGGUGGAUUUUUCCAUAGUGUAAAUGAAAAGAAAAAAAAAACAGG